GACGCAGGGUGACAACAGAAUCAAGGACCACCCAAAGACUGGUGGCGCGCUUUAACGGAAAGAGAGGAGCAGGCGAAGAGGAACAAUAACGUUUUACGGGGGGACCCAGGAGACAUCUUCCUUGCCUCCGAGAAGACUGACUGCUGAGCCAGAGGAAUAGAAUUUAAGUGGUUUCUCCUGCUCCACUGACACCCGGGCACCCUCACCAUGGACUUCCAGCACCGACCCGGCGGCAAGACCGGAAGCGGGGGCGUGGCGUCCUCCUCGGAGAGCAACCGGGACCGCCGGGAGCGCCUGCGGCAGCUGGCCCUGGAGACCAUCGACAUCAACAAGGAUCCGUACUUCAUGAAGAACCACCUGGGCUCCUACGAGUGCAAGCUCUGCCUGACGCUCCACAACAACGAGGGCAGCUACCUAGCGCACACCCAAGGGAAGAAGCAUCAGACCAACCUGGCCCGGCGAGCUGCCAAGGAAGCCAAGGAGGCCCCAGCCCAGCCUGCGCCGGAGAAGGUCAAGGUCGAGGUGAAGAAGUUUGUGAAGAUCGGCCGCCCGGGCUACAAAGUGACCAAGCAGAGGGACACGGAGGUGGGCCAGCAGAGUCUCCUCUUCCAGAUUGACUACCCAGAGAUUGCCGAGGGCAUCAUGCCGCGCCACCGCUUCAUGUCCGCCUACGAGCAGAGGAUCGAGCCCCCGGACAGACGCUGGCAGUACCUGCUGAUGGCCGCUGAGCCCUACGAGACCAUUGCCUUCAAGGUGCCCAGCAGGGAGAUCGACAAGGCCGAGGGCAAGUUCUGGACCCACUGGAACCGGGAGACCAAGCAAUUCUUCCUGCAGUUCCAUUUUAAAAUGGAGAAGCCCCCCGCACCACCCAGCCUCCCGGCCGGGCCUCCAGGGGUGAAGCGGCCCCCACCGCCCCUGAUGAACGGACUGCCCCCGCGGCCGCCGCUGCCUGAGGCCUUGCCCCCUCCCCCUCCUGGAGGCCUGCCCCUGCCACCCAUGCCUCCCACGGGGCCUGCACCCACCGGGCCCCCCGGGCCCCCCCAGCUGCCCCCGCCAGCCCCCGGGGUCCACCCCCCCGCCCCGGUGGUUCACCCACCAACCUCUGGGGUCCACCCGCCAGCACCAGGGGUCCACCCCCCAGCCCCGGGCGUCCACCCCCCAGCCCCAGGGGUCCACCCUCCCCCAUCUGCCGGAGUUCACCCCCAGGCCCCAGGGGUGCACCCACCGACUGCUGGAGUUCACCCUCAGCCUCCAGGGGUACACCCGCCCACUCCUGCCGUUCACCCCCAGGCCCCUGGGGUGCACCCACCUGCUCCAGGGGUCCACCCAGCAGGCCCAGGAGUUCAUCCUCAGGCUCCGGGGGUCCACCCUCAGGCUCCUGGGGUCCACCCUCAGGCUCCGGGGGUCCACCCUCAGGCUCCGGGGGUUCACCCUCAGGCUCCGGGGGUCCACCCUCAGGCUCCGGGGGUUCACCCUCAGGCUCCAGGGGUCCACCCAGCAGCCCCAGGAGUUCACCCUCAGGCUCCGGGGGUGCAUCCCCAGGCUCCGGGGGUCCACCCUCCUGCUCCUGGGGUGCAUCCCUCAAAUCCUGGAGUGCACCCCCCGACUCCCAUGCCCCCAAUGCUGAGGCCCCCUCUCCCCUCCGACGGCCCUGGCAGCCUCCCUCCCCCUCCGCCAGGCAACUGA